AUUCGUAUACUCUAAACCCUACAACCAAACACCGCCAAAAAGUAAUUUCUUCUACUCUUCCGACUGUAAAGUCUCAACUCUCGAUCUUCAAACCAAACCUCCCUCCAUUCUCUCUCCGUCAAUCUCGAACCAGAAUCGAUUAAUAUAUCAAGGUGUUCUGUUAAUUUCCAUGAACUUCAUCAACCAUGUCCAAUGAAACCCUAGAAAACCAUCACUAUGAUCCAACUGAGGAGGAGGCCAGUGUCGUCGUCGGUGAGCCAUCGGAUGCCGCCGCCGCCGCAGAACAUGGUGCUGAUGCGUCGACGGCGAAGGAAACGCACGAACCCUCCAGAGCCACCAACAAUGUUGAAGAUCAUAGCGUGAGCGACAGUUCCGAUUCUUCUUUGGCCAAAGGGCUCUCUUCUAUUCUCUCUUUCGCGAUUAGGGAUUUUGAUUCCAGAGCUGAAGAUACCACUCGCAGCCAAGAACAGCUUUCCUCCGCCAUCGAUCGUCUUACCGGAGAGCUUGAUCAACUUCUGGAAGACGCGCCCUUGCCAUUCAUCAUGCAGUAUGCUGCCAAAAUUUCUGGUGUUAGAAAAAGAGUUUCAUCAUUGAAUUCAGUUUUAAAAUCUAUACAAAGGCGUGUAGAUAAUAUAGAUCGGAUGCUCUCUGCCGGCUUGGUGCAUGAGAAAAAGACCACAGGUAGUGCAGGACAACAUUAGGACGAAUUGUGUGUCAGAGAUUAUUUUGGAUGAAGAUGUGAAUACACUCUAUGUUUCAUAUUAACUAUUUCUGAGAAGCAACACUAGAAAGUUGGGGAAGAUAUUUCUGCUAGGGCAAGAAGAGUUUCAGUCCGGUCACACUGUAAACUAUGCUGGAAAGAAAUUUUUUCCUACUGGCUCAUGAAAGAUGGGAAUACAAGCAAUUUGACAUGAUUGCAAAGCUGCAUUUCUGACUCGUGUAUGAUAGAGACUUCUGACUUAAAGAAUGGAAAAUAUAAAUUGAAAAGAGCUCUAGGGACAAUUUUUUGUUAUCGAUUGAUUCAAUUCAAUUUAGCAGCCAACAUGAAAUUCGUAAUGUAAGCCUGCUUUGAAGGUUUUUGUUACUGGAAUGCAACCAUCUCUCUCUCUGGGGGGAUAACUUUCAUUCCUCAUAUCUAGUCUUUUAUUGUGCAAUAAAUCAAACAUAUAUGUUCUGGAUUCAA